GCAGCGUGCGAGCGUAGCAGGCCUUGUGAUUGUGCGUUGGCCAACACGGGUGGGGAAUGUCAUUUGUGUUGUGUAGUUCACAGCAUAUUCACGAACUCACGCGAGACUUGCGCCAGCAAAGAGAAACUGCGAGAAAAGUGAGUCUCGUUCAACAUUCUGUCAAGUAAUUCCGAACAUUGUUCGUAAACCUGGCAAGUUUUUAGCAUUAUCCUUUAAUUGGUGGAUAAAAGAGUGGUAAAAAACCGACAAUACAAAUACGUAGUUAACAUAAAUCACGACUAUCGCCCUGCAGGCAAUAUCUGAUUGGCAGCGUAAGAGGUUAUGGAUCAGGGAGCAGAUCUGAAUCAAAGAGAUUUCCAGAGAACGCUCGAACAAAAAGUUAUCUCCGGAAUGGAUAAAAAUAAAUUAGUAAGGAACAACAAUAGGCAGUCUUUGGAACGGUCAGAUUUUACAAGUACGAUGGGUGGAGCUAACCUCCAUACUCCACAGUCUGUAUUCCAACAUAUGAUGGGUCAGCAAAACUCGCCGCAACAAGGCGGACCUUGGCUGCAAAUGCCACAGGUCCCAGCGUUGUCUAUGCCAUGGAGCGUUCCAGCUUUGCAGCAACCUGAUUUGAUCAGGUUUACUGGUGAAAGAAGCCAGCCUGCCUAUGACACAAUGUCGCUGCAUCAAAAAAGAAAGUUGAGCACACCAGAUAUCACAGAUACUCGGCAAAUUAAGCAAUUUAUUACCGAAGAAAAGAUGGCCUCACACUUUCAAGGUCUGCACAUCAGUUCCAACUAUCAAGCUCAAAAUUCACCUCCUUCGACAUCGACAGCUCACUCGCCACAGCGUGUGUGUAAUAAUUUAGAAUAUAUGAACUCGAAUAUGGAAAGUGCUGAGGGCAUAAACUUAGAUCAAAAUGACUGCAGAAAACCUAGACUGGUCAUAUCUGAGGAAGUCAGACGGCUACAAGAAGAACCCCUAAUUCCUACCUCUCUGUUAUCCAAACUUGAACGACCCUCAAUGGCACUAGUACUUUGGGAACCACCGAGUAAACACCUUGCCCGGGUAUUACCAGUACCUCGAGAUACACCAACGCCAAUACCAAACUUCCUUGAAGAUGGCAACAACAACAAUAACAAUAACAAUAACAAUAACAAUAGAAACAGCAACAACAACAAUAAUAACAACGGUAUAAUAGAUUUAAAUCAAUGUUCUCCACAACUCGAGCCCAUGGAGCUUUGAAAGAAUCUACGAAACCAUACGUUAUUCGUUACUAAUAAUAAGUUUUAAACAAUAGCCAUCAGGAUUCUCGCAUAAUAUCUGAUCAAAUUAUUUUCCUUCUAUAUCCUCAUCACUUGCGCAAAGAAUCGAUCAACGAUUCUUCGUCAAUGAUUAGUAAUGGCAAUGCAAACGAACACUGUCAUAUUUAAAGUGUUGAAAUUACUGAAUACUGUUACUUUUUAUGUAAGCGAUAGGAAACUUUAUUGUCCAAGUUAGCUCUAGCUUAUAUUAUCGAAUAAAUGUUGUUACGUUUUCUCUUAAUUAUAUAAGUUGCAAUAUAAGUUCACGUGUGAGAAAUUUAUUGAAACCGCUCAUUUGAGAGCAACAAUUGUGGUGAUUUUUUUUUUUUUUAUUUGAGAUCGUAAGAUUGUGUGAGGUACUCAAAUAUAAGCGGCCCCAACAGUCAGUAACAGGAUACUUGGUAACGAUAGACUUUAACGAGAUUUCGGGCGGAGUGACCCAAUCUAAACUUGUUACUGGAUGAUGAGGCUGACUUUAAUAAAUAUACACGUGUGUUUGAUAAAUUCGAGGAUAAAUGUUGAAAUGAUGUCAUUAUUACUAUAGCAGGACCAGUACAGUGGGAAAUUCAAUUUCGCAUUCUAUUUAUGUAUAAUCUGUUUUACAUUAAAACGUGGUUACAUAAAAAUGAUUGUAUUGCAUACUGUUUAUUUUUUUCGUGCCAAGCACUUUUCAAUCAGACAAUAAUUGGCAUGAGCUUGGAAGCAAGCUUCACUAAAUUACGACCAUUCGAGUUGUUUUUCAUAACAGGAUGUUAAUCA